CCGCUUCGCCGCCGAUCCCGCCGGAGAAGACCGCCAGCUCGCCGCCGGGCGCUCCAGUGCGGGGAUGUACCAGUGGCGCAAGUUCGAGUUCUUCGAGGAGAAGGCGGCCGGGCGCGGCGUGCCGGGGGAGAUCGCGGCCCGGGUGAGCUGCUGCUCGGGCGGCAGGGGCCGCGUCGCCGUCGGGUGCGACGACGGCACCGUGGGGCUCCUCGACCGCGGGUUCCGCCUCUCCUACGGGUUCCAGGCCUACGCCUCCUCCGUGCUCUUCCUCCAGCAGCUCAAGCAAAGAAAUGUUCUUAUCACGGUUGGUGAUGAUGAUCAGCCAUCUUCACAGUCAUCAGCAAUCUGUCUAAAAGUUUUUGAUCUUGAUAAAGUACAAGAAGAAGGUUCAAGUACAACAAGUCCUUUCUGUGUUCAAAUUUUGCGUAUCUUCACUAAGCAAUUUCCUCAGGCAAAGAUUACAUCUUUUGUUGUUCUAGAAGAAGCCCCUCCUAUACUGUUAAUUGCGAUUGGAUUGGAUAAUGGUUCCAUUUAUUGCAUUAAAGGUGACAUCGCACGUGAGCGUAUUACACGAUUUAUGUUGCAAGUUGAGGCUGCUAGAGAUGGCAUAAGUUCACCUAUUACUGGUCUUGGUUUCCGACUCGAAGGGCAAGCACACCAGCUCUUUGCUGUAACUCCUAAUUCAAUAACCUUGUUCAGCUUGCAUGAUCAUCCACCAAGGAGGCAAACGCUCGAUCAGAUUGGUUGCGAGACCAAUGCUGUGGCGAUGAGUGACCGCAUGGAUCUGAUUAUUGGUAGACCUGAAGCUGUGUAUUUUUAUGAAGUUGAUGGUAGAGGUCCUUGCUGGGCCUUUGAUGGCGAGAAAAAGUUUGUUGGUUGGUUUCGGGGCUAUUUACUGUGCAUCAUUGAAGAUCAAAGGAGCCGGAAGAAUACUCUUAAUGUAUAUGAUCUUAAGAAUCGGUUGAUUGCACAUAGCAUGCCAGUGGGCGACGUUUCACACUUGGUCUCUGAGUGGGGAUAUAUAAUUCUGAUAAUGAGUGAUAAAAAGAUCCUUUGCAUUGGAGAGAAAGACAUGGAAAGUAAGCUUGAUAUGUUGUUCAAGAAAAAUCUGUAUACAGUUGCAAUCAAUCUUGUACAAAGUCAGCAGGCUGAUCCUGCUUCAACUGCUGAGGUUCUAAGGAAGUAUGGUGACCAUCUCUAUGGAAAACAGGAAUAUGAUGAGGCCAUGUCCCAAUAUAUCCACACCAUUGGUCAUCUUGAACCAUCAUAUGUUAUACAGAAGUUCCUUGAUGCAAAGCGCAUCUAUAACCUCACAAACUAUUUAGAGAAGUUACAUGAUCGAGGAUUAGCAUCCAAAGACCACACCACCCUUCUGUUGAAUUGCUAUACCAAACUGAAAGAUGUGGAAAAGCUUAACCAUUUCAUCAAAGAUGAAGAUGGGGUAGGUGAAAUCAAGUUUGAUGUGGAGACUGCCAUAAGAGUGUGUCGUGCAGCUGGAUAUCAUGAGCAUGCUAUGUUUGUUGCCAAAAAGGCUGGGAGGCAUGAGUUGUAUUUGAAGAUUUUACUGGAGGAUCUUGGUAGAUAUGAUGAGGCACUGCAGUAUAUAUCUAGCCUUGAGGCAAAUCAAGCAGGUCUUACUGUAAAGGAAUAUGGAAAAAUUCUUGUGGAGCAUAGACCUGCUGAGACAGUUGAGAUACUGUUGAGACUCUGUACUGAUGGUGGAGAUCCUAUGACAAGAAGAGGUUCAAAUAGCAUGCGCUUGCUUAUGAUACCUUCUCCAAUGGACUUUGUAAACAUAUUUGUACACAGCCCAAAAUAUCUCAUGGAAUUUCUAGAGAAUUAUACAAAAGCAGUAAAGGACUCACCUGCUCAAACAGAAAUUCAUAACACCCUUCUGGAGUUAUAUAUAUCAAAAGAUUUAAGUUUUCCAUCCAUGUCACAAGAAAAUGGCUUUGAGGAGCACAAUAUUAAGGAAACAAAAGGGAAAGAGGUUGCAAAUGGCUAUAAAUCAGGCUCAAGGGAGAAAGGAAAUCUGGGAAAGGAAGAUAUGCAUAUCUCACAGGAUAUUGUUGAUAGGCAAAGUAAAGGACUUGCACUGCUGAAGUCUGCAUGGACAUCUGACAUGGAAGAUCCUCUAUAUGAUUUUGAUCUUGCUCUUAUAAUAUGUAAUGCAAAUGCGUUCAAAGAUGGACUGCUGUUUCUGUAUGAGAAACUAAAACUGUACAAAGAAGUUAUUAGUUGCUACAAGCAAGCUCAUGAUCAUGAGGGUCUAAUUGCUUGCUGUAAGAAGCUAGGAGAUUCAUCUCAAGGCGGGGAUCCAUCUCUUUGGGGUGAUCUGUUGAAAUAUUUUAGUGAGCUUGGGGAAGAUUGCUCUAAAGAGGUCAAGGAGGUAUUGACCUAUAUUGAGAAGGAGGAUGUUUUGCCCCCCAUUGUUGUGCUAGAGACAUUGUCGAAAAAUCCAUGCUUGACACUCUCAGUUGUCAAGGAUUACAUUGCCCGCAAACUUGAGCAAGAAUCAAAGUUAAUUGAAGAAGAUAGGAAAUCUAUUGAUAAGUACCAGGACGAGACAGAACUGAUGAAAAGGGAGAUAGAGGACCUCAAGACAAACGCAAAGGUCUUUCAGCUUAGCAAGUGCACGACGUGCACAUUCACCCUCGAUCUUCCUGCGGUCCACUUCAUGUGCAUGCACUCCUUCCACCUUCGCUGCCUCGGGGACAACGAGAAAGAGUGCCCAGAAUGUGCUCCUGAAUACAGGUCCGUCAUGGAGGCAAAGCAGAAGCUGGAACACAAUGCCAGAGACCAUGACCUCUUCUUCAGGCAGUUGAGGGGUUCAAAGGAUGGGUUCUCUGUCGUCGCAGACUAUUUCAGCAAGGGCAUAGUGAGUAAAACAGCCAUUCCUCCUGAAAAUGGUCGAUCAUAAGGAAAGGAGAAACGAGCUCUGGUGUUUAUCUAUUCCCCCAUGUACAGCAUCUACGAUGUGUGUGAGUGUGUGUUGUGACUGUUGUCUCCAUUCCCAUGGUGUUUUUGUCACCGUGUGAGUUUCAGGGUCCAUCACAGCAUGUGCAGAUCUUGAUAGCGCGUUUCUCUCGUGUACCAACAGUAUUACAGUACGUACUCUCUGGCCUUUUUUUUUGUGGCAAUGGCCAUGCUCUGGACUCUGCAGUUUUGUGAUGCGUGGCAUUGUAAAUCCUUGUGUUGUCAAGCAUUUGGUUUUGAUUUUAGAUUCAAGCCCUUCAUAUUUGUGUUUGGCUACUCUGAACACUGAGUUUUUUUUUUCCUUUUUACU